AUGUAUGGAGCAGCAGCUCCAGAAUGGCGGGUUGUCGUGUCAGUGUUUACCAUUAUGUUUUCUCCUCGGCCAGGGCGUGCUUUUGCCGCUGACGGCGUCGCCGUCGCCUUCGCUGCCGCGGCCGUGGUCGUGGCGGUGGCGGUGGUCGUUGUCGCUUCCGUCCUGCGCGCUUUCGCCACGGCUGCCGCUUUUCGCCGGCCCGCUCAGGGCGGAAGUCAGUGGGGGCAGGCCUUUUCAGAAGGCGGCGUGGAUUUUUGUAUGUCCUCGCUCCUUCUGAGAAGCCGUCCUCGCUCUGUCUCUUCGGAGAAGGCCCAGAAAACUUCUCAGAAGGCUGGAGAGGCCUUGUAG